GACACCUGGCAGUGGGGCGGCUGCGGGCCCGACAUCAGCUUCGGGGAGCGCUUCUCCCGGGACUUCCUGGACUCACGAGAGGCGCCACGCGACAUCCAGGCCCGGAUGAGGAUCCACAACAACUGGGUGGGCAGGCAGGUGGUGGCGGAGAACAUGAAGCGCAAGUGCAAGUGCCACGGCACGUCGGGCAGCUGCCAGUUCCGCACGUGCUGGCCGGUGGCGCCCGAGUUCCGGCUGGUGGGCGCGGUGCUGCGGGAGCGGAUGCAACACGCCGCCUUCAUCAGUGCCCACAACCGCAACAGCGGCGUGUUCGGGCCGCGGCUGGGCCAGCGCCGCCUGGCCCGCGAGCUGGUCUACUUCGAGAAAUCACCCGACUUCUGCGAGCACGACCCGGCGCUCGACUCGCCCGGCACCCGCGGCCGCGCCUGCAACCGCACCAGCCCCCGCACGGACGGGUGCGCCAGCCUGUGCUGCGGGCGAGGCCACAACCUCCUGCGCCAGACGCGCCGCGAGCGCUGCCGCUGCCACUUCCACUGGUGCUGCUCCGUGCUGUGCGAGCAGUGCCGGCUCAGCACCUGGCUCAGCGUCUGCAAGUGAGCCCUGCCUCCUGCCCCGGCAGCAUGGAUGGAGCAGCCCCCCGCCCGCUGCCUGACACGGGGGUCCCUGCAGGUGUUUCGGGGGGUGUGCAAAGGC